AGUGUUGCGGAACACUUGCAGCGACGUCACAGCUCAGCUACAGAGUAGACAAGGGCAACACACCACCACGUUCAACUCAACUGCAAUAAUAUGACGGUGUUUGUGUAAAUAUCUCAAGCGAAAAGAACACCAAUUCAAAAAACACUACCGAAUACAGAUAUAUGCCUUUAUACAUUUUAAACGCGAUCGUAUUUAGUAUUUUUUAUCGCUUAAAUAACUCUAAUCACUUUAGGGCAGCGUUAGCAUAUUAGCCCGUACUACACGAAGAUUCCGAAUCUAAAUAGUUUCGUGAUAACUGUUAGUUGUUAUUAUUCAGUAUUAUGCUUUUCAACAUGAUAUAUGAACGAUAAUGUUAUUGUGUCGGUCACGUGUUUAUGAACAUGGACAGUGUAGGUAUUUAGAAGUGCUAGUUAGCCAGCUAGCUGAAGAAACUGAAGUGCUAUGCCUCAACUUGUUUCUCCUUCGCAAACCGGUAUCACACCAAACCGAGACUUUAAGUUAAACUUCAGCUUUCGGGUUACUGACAUUGUUACUGAGUCCGUCAGUUAGUUAUUAAAUGAGUUGAAAGCCCUGGUACAUGGGAAAUGCACAAUGUCGAGGUUUCUCCUGAGCCUGGUAAUGCUAGGAUGUAAUGUUGCUGUUAAGGACGCUCGUGCAUUUGAUGAAUCGAUCACCAGACUUUGGAAUGACAGACCAGGAGAACGGUGCUCAGGGAGGGUGGAGGUGCGUAAUGGGCAUCAGUGGGGAACUGUUUGCCAGUGGGGUUGGGAUAUGGAGGAUGCCGCUGUGGUUUGUAGAGAGCUCGACUGUGGCUUUGUGUUGGAUGUGCCGAAUGGCGCUCGGUUCGGACGGUCCAGCGGAGAUGUGUUGUGGAGGAACGUGAAAUGCUCGGGCGACGAGUUUGCCCUUGACCUUUGUGAACGCACCCCCAAUGAGGGAUUGUGUUCACAUAAUGAAGAUGCUGGAGUGGAGUGCACAGGUAAACUUCCUGUGCCUACCUUGUCGGUUCACUCUCGCUUCUACGCCUAUGCGGCCGGAGAGGCUGUUCACUUUAAAUGCACAGCCCCAUACUGGCAAUCUGUUAUUGACUUCCAUCUGUACAAAAGAGGUGUGAGCACUCCACUGGUGACCCAGCGAGCUGAUCCCAGGCAGGUGACGGUGGAUCUGAUCCUGUCAGACCUGGAAAUCUCUCACCAGGGCAGCUACAGUUGUCUGUACGGGAUUCACAGCAAAGUGGAUAACUCCCCCUCAGGAAACUCUCCACCAGGAAACUCUCCACAUAGCAACUUUAUCAACAUCACAGUCUUGGAAAUUCACACUCCCCAAAUUUGGUACAACACCUCUCCUGAAGCCCGGCCAGGUUGGGUCAUCCGGGGACACAGCUUUAAUGUCACCUGCUCUGCUCAGCCACAGUACCCAGGAGGUUCUUUCCAGCUGCGGCUUAUCAGACCCAAUGGGACCGUCCGUCACUCGUUGCCAGCACUUACUCCGUCCGUCACUUUCACCUUUUCCAAUGCCCAAUCUAAUAAUGAGGGUUACUACUGUUGCCUAUACAAGGUUCAGACCAGGGAGCGGACAUUUGUCUCUAGAGAGAGUCAACCUUUACCCAUUUCAAUACGAGAGGUGGAUCCAGUAUUCAGUCCGGUGGUAAUCAGUUUAGUGGUGUCUUGUCUGACAUUUGUGGUGGCAACAUGUGCCAUUCUGAUUGUUGCCAAAGUGUACUGCAAGAGAGUAAGGAAACCCACUGAACUGGAACGAGAGAGCAGGACCUGUGUUGACAAUACAUACAUUGCCUUGACAAUCAAGUGAUGGGAAUGUGGAAAGAAAGCAGAGGCUUCCCUAAGCUGGUCAUGCUGUGUCUACCUGAAGUUUAAGUGACCUGUCUAAACGAAACUGAACGCAGGGCUUAAACCACAGAAAUCACCGCGUUUCACAAUUUGUAAUUUUUUGUUGGUUACAAUGGCAUUGGUUAGGGGUUUUCUUUGAAAAAUGGGAUAAUUUUGCUGUCUGUAAACGCUGACGUCACUAGACAAAAAAAAAAGGAUGGGACACUAAAAAACUGUUGC